AUGUCCAGCGGCCCUGGAGGAGGAGGAGACGGUGGAGGAGGCGGUAGCGGGCAGCAGCAGCAUAACACCAGCAGCUCGAGCCACAACAACAGCAGCAACAACUGCGGCACGGCAGCAGCAACUCAAUUGAGCAGCAGCAGCCACAGCAGAAGCAUCACGCCAGCAACAUCGACAUCAUCGACUGGAACUGGUACUGGAGCAGGAACCACAUCCACACUGCAGCGUCGUAUACUGCGCGGUCAUGCGGCGCAGACGACCAGCGGCGAACGUGUCCUGCUCAUCAACUAUGUGCCACAAUCGGGAGCAUCCGCCACCGCAUCCACUCAGAGUACUUCUCAAUUGCCCACCCGUAAGAUACUCCAGGCCAGAGCCUCAGCGGCGGCAGCAGCAGCAGCAGCAUCAUCAUCAUCAUCAUCUGGUGGCGGAGGAGCUGGAGCUUCAUCCUCCUCGCCGCCAUCAACGCCAGCUGUUUCGUUUGCCGGACUGGGCUCCGAGGUGACAGUCACCUUGACGCGCACAAAUCAGCGCGCUAGCGUGACCAGUGUCACUGCCGCCGGUCAUAUUGUUCGAAAUCAGCAAGCCACAACCUAUCAUCAGAGCACAAACACCGCCAACACACCAUCGACACCAAGUGGCACGUCAGCGAUCCAUGAGCACAUGGCUACAUCGACGUCGCCACCGCCACUGGUGUUUACCCAUCAUCCACAUCAUCACCACAGUCAACACCAGCAGCAACAGCAUCAGCAGCAACAUGAGUAUCACCAAGAGCACCAGUUGGUGGAUCACCAUCAGUUGGAUCAAGAGCACAUAAUCAUAGACCAUCACCAACAGACGGAGGAUGAUCAGUUGAUCGAAUACGAUGAUAGCGGAACGAUCGAGGAGCAGCAUCAACAGUUGCAAAUGCAAGAGGACUUGCAGCAACAGCAGCCACAUCAUGAAGUUGUCCAAGAGGUGUAUCUUCAGUAGAAGAAGUUAGUGCUAAGCCGUAGUGAAAUAAGUUUUAGCCACUCUAUAUACAAGUUUGGGGCACCCAAAAUGUGUGCAAAAGGAGAAUCGAAUUUGACAAAGCUUUAAUUUGGAAAUUUUUUUAAAAAAUGUAUCUGUAUCCUAAGUUAUUUAUCCCACAUAACUUUCUAUACAUAAUCACCUGUUUCAAUUGCACACAUUUUGAGGAAUACCAAUUCAGAUAGUGUACAUAAAUAAAACCUUAUUAAUAACCUUAGUAACGUGGACUUUUUAGAAAACCAUGUUUCAAUGUGUAUAUAAUUUUCGGACAAGUAGAAAAAUAUUUUCCAAUGAAAGUAUUCAUCUUAACAGUAACGUAUUGAAGGAAAAAAAUUCAAUUAAUUACGUUAAUAAAGAUUAUUUUUGUACUAUACAAAUACCGCUUCUACAUACUAGCAAGUAUGCGGAUAUUAAAUAACCUUUGACGAUCUAUUCUAUAAGUUAUUGUCAGUUAAAGAUCAAAACAAGCAAAAGUAAUCAAUUGUAUGAUAUAUACACUUCAAUGUAGAGAAACCAACUUCGCACAUAAUACGCAUGUAUGUAUGCAAGGAUCAAUUCAACUCCGAUUGUUUGAAAACUGUUUGAUAAGAAGGGCCCUUUGGAUUACAUUUGGAAUAGACCGAUGAGUGUCUGUUCCUCAGGAGAAACAUAUUCAUGCAACCCAGUAUUUGGGGCCAAGGCAAUA